AUGUUUCUUGCGAAAUUAAUUGAAGAGAACAUUUUCGGAGAACCCGACCACAGAUCAAUUUCAAAGGCUGCGCUGCGUCAUGUGGCCUCGAUCCGAACGUGUCAAUUAUCCCGACCAAAGCAGCUUUUUGCUGAUCGAAUAAACUCCAUCUCCGGAACAUCUAGGAGCUUGAACUUUAUAAAAAUCGAAGAUCUGGCGACGCCGAGGAGCCGAAGAAGAAAGUUUUAUGAGAGCUUGGAUUUAAGUCCUGAAGACAAGCCACAACUUCCAAAAUACACCCCGAUGCGGAGCGCUAGAAUGGUUGAAUCUUCGAAUCCACUGUACAAGUCUAUCAAAGCCAAAACAAAGCAAGACAGACUAAUAAUCCCACGAAAAGUCGACGAGCAACGACUAAUCGAAUUGGCCCAGCCAAAAUCGGAUCAUCGAGCGGCCACUCCUCCGAACUUGCCAAAUGGAAACCAUGUGUUCGUGUCUGAAAAAAUUAUUGAACUGGCGAAGCCAAAGACAAAGGCUAGAGGUAGCGAUAGACAACCUUGCUCUUUCGAAAAGUAG